AUGCGGGCCAACGCGUGUGAGGGGGAAAUGGCAUCUCUGCCUUUAGCGUCUCACGCGCCGGUUGGGUGUGACUUCUACAGCCGCAUAAACAGCGUUAGCCACCAGUGCGUUGCAGUCGCGGGGUACGGCAGAGGUGAAAACAGCAAAAAUGCGGAAACACGCCACGGGAAUAAGUUGCAUGGAGCUGCUCCGUUGCUGCGAGAGAGCGGCCAGCCGCAGCGCACCACUGAGAAGCAACUGCGAUGGGUGCAACCUGCAGCGUCCAGUGAGAUGUAUUCACUUCCACCACCACCGCCACCACCGCCAGUAAACAGCAGUAAAACGCCCCCUGCAACGGCAAUGGCUGCAGCGCCGACGGCAUCUUUGGUGCCUGUGGUGUCUCGUAGUGAAGCUGCACAGCAGGGGCGUGUGAAUAGCAUUUGCUGCUAUGGAUCUUUAAAGACGUGGCCAUCUAGCGGAGUCAUUGCGAAAGACUGUGGAAGGGGGACGCAGCAGGUGCAGGAAGUGAGGAAUAUGAAUAGUAGCACGAACGACACUCCGACGCAGUGGCCAAAUUCAUGCAGCCACGAUGCGGCAGGAGGCAGUAUGUAUCCAUACGGUUACAGUAGUAUCCCCGUUGCUCCUUUUUCAUAUUUCAGUUGUGGAGCUUUUGGCCAACCAAUUCCGCAAGCGUGGUCUUCUGGAUCGAUGUAUUACGGUGCUUCUGCACAUUCUGCCGUCGCCGCCGCUGCUGCUGUUUCAGGUCACCAAUACAAUUAUCAACAUAAUCAACAUAAUUAUUAUCAUCAUCAUCAUCAUUACUGCAAUCAGAACAGCCAGCCUUACUACCAAAAUCAGAGUCAACAUCAUUACGCCCAGCAUCAGUACAUGUUUCAUCAUCAUCAUCAUCAAAAAAAACAACAAAUACAGAAGCAGCAGCAACAACAAAACACGGGGAUGGAUCCCUCACUAUCUACGGUAUGUGACUUGGCGAAUUCGAUCACGGAGAAGAAUGGGGUUCCAACCACGGAGGCGCUGAAGCCGGUACGCCACGCGGCUCCAGCCACUCCGGAUAAAGAGGAGGAGAAGGAGGAGGGAGGGAGAGAGGAGACGAGUAGCUUACCACGUGAUCACGCGGCUGAGGGGCCUCCUUUAAGUGAUGGUAGUGAACCCUGCAGCCCGAAAAUAGUGCAUGAACAUCAGCCGCUUGUCGAGUCUGACAGCACGACCAGUAGAAGAUGCAGGCGGGACCACGCCGGAGGUCAUAUCCAAACGAGUACAACGAGGUUUGAUGAUGUUAACGGUAGCAGUAGCGUCAAAAGCGGUUGGGGUCCCGGAGCCGGUAGGGGCGAGGCAGUCACAUUCACUUCCUCGGAAAACAUUUUGGGCUUUAUUCCCUCUUUUUCCCGGAUUUCUGUGACGCCUUUGCAGAACACAGCGGAUACGACACGACGUGCUUCGCUCCCUUCAUACCAUGAUGCCAUCAUGACUCAGCGUGGGCAGGGCAAUCAAAGUUUCAUCCCACAAAAAACGUGUUGCACGAAUGGACUGAUUAGUGAGCCCAAGGAGGAUCUCUCUAUUUUGCGCACCGCACCUCAUAAAAGAGAAAAUAACCCCAAAUCCUCCGUAGGGAUUCCACAAGAGCCAUUGGAGCAUGAGGAGGAAAUAAGAGCGUCUGAAAGUGCUGAGGGAGUGCUUGGCAACGGGUGGCAGCGCAAUAUGGCUGAGGGGCAUCCUCGCGGGGAACCGUUUGAGGCGAAUCAAAUCUCUCCCGUGUUUGCGUCGACGGACUCUAUGCGGGCUCUACAUCACCAGUAUCAUCAUUGUUAUUCUCAACAGCAACAACAGCAACACAAACAUCAUUAUCAUGAUUCUUUUCUUUUACAGUCACAGACACUGUCGACAGGAUCAUUGAAUGCAUACGGCGCUUCCACAGCGCACCAACGGUCGCGGUCUUUCAAUGCAAUGACGCCAAAUUCUGCUUCCUUUCAAUGCCCAUCCACAACCCAGGCAUCAGGAGUCAACCGGAUAAAUGCCAAUAACAGGAUUCCCUUGAAUGGGGCAUCAAUUACGAUGGACUCUUGUGGUGGUGGUGCUGCUGCUGCUGCUGCUGGAAGCCAGCAAACAACCAUGCCUGAUUUAAUGCGGCAAAAUUCUUUGCCUCUGAACAACAGUGUAUUGGCUCCACUCGGUUCGAAAGGAGAAGGAUAUGCCGAUGGAGAGUCUGCUUCUAAUGCCAUUCUAAGGGGUACACCAAUUAAUUCGGCAACUGUCUGCCAAAAUAUUCUUCAGGCGCCAUUAUAUGAACACUGUGGGGCGCAGGAAGUUUUAUUUGAGGAGAGAGAUACAGAAUUGCCGUUUGAUUCAUCGUCCUAUGGAAAUAUUGUUUCAUUUAUUUAUGCUGUCUCUCCUGUGGUGGAAAUGGACCAGGAGUUGGAAUGGGUUUCCCCUUUCUCAGGGGUUACUGUGCCGCCUGGGCAAGAGGAAGUAGGAGGUGACGCACCGCCACAAACGUAUAGGGAGCCUUCCAUCUCACUUGCAAAUAUAUGGAAGGCCUUGGACUUCCCCUUUGCCUGCAGGAUUCCUUUUGCGGAGCCUGCUUCUUUGGCACCAAUGCGUCCUCCUCAAAAACAUGUAGUGUACGUUCCGUUUUUUAGUGGAUUUAGGCUUCGAUUUCUUGAAAAAUCUGCGACAUACGCAAAGCUAAAGUCUAUACAUCAGAGUACAGAUGUUACUUCCUCCAUUGCUUCUCAUCCAGGCACAGCAAAGCGAACAACUCACAUGCAAUCUUCUUUUUAUGACGGUGGAUUUGCUGCCAAUCUCGAGGUGAGUGCCGAAGAAAAGAAUCGGAGUAACUCGGGUUCAUCUUCUGUGGCACCAACAUCUUCCACGUUGCAUGGGGCUACACAAGAGAAUAUGGAAGAGGUAUCACACGAUGCAGAAAUUGGGCUUUUAACAUGGGGGGCAACGGAACGACCAGACCAACGUAGUCUCCUUCUGGAGCAGGUGCAUGAACUGGCUGCAUCCAAUGAACGGUAUUCCGUUCUUCUUAGCGCAAAUACGACGGAGCUCGAUAACCAGUCAUGGUUUGCCGUUCUCUGGCAACCAGUGUAUGACCAAUGCCAUACGGCCAAACAUGGCUGUGGGAGUUUUAUCGUUUAUUAUGCACUGCGACCGCCACGUCAUGUGGCAGGGAACCGAGCAUCAAGUGUUGUGACGAUGAUGAACGGCGACUGGAUGUCCCCUGUAUUCCGUUGUGAUCGAGAAGGCGUUCAUUGGGAAAUGUGGACGUCAAAUAUUUCAACGCCGAUGUCAUUACCAUUGUCUUCUUUGGUAUCCCCUUCACCGUGUGAGGGUAACAACGACAAUGCGAUGCGAGCUGUAUGCAUGCCACUUCUUGAGAAGGCCCCUUUUGCAUCAACUGGCAGUAGUGGAGAGACGCAGACUGUCAUGGAGACCUCAAGCGCCAGUAUGGGGAGCCAUGAUACAAAGUUCUCUCCGUCUGGACGAUCCUGUGCAAAGGCUUCCGCAAAUGAAGUUUUUCGGAAUUCACAGCAUGUUUUUUUUUCACCUCCGUCAGAGAAGGGCUCUACAUAUCAUGGCACGGUACGUAUUCCUGUUGUGGGAAUUAUUCCUAGUCGAUGUCGCGCUGAUGUCUGGUUUUUGCCGUGCCCACGUCUUAACUCACCAGAAUCUAACGCUGGACGGAAUCCAAACAACAGCGGCACUUCUUCUCUUCGUCGCUAUCGAGCCCCGCUAUUCCUUCUCACCGCUGCGUUACAGCUGAUGUCAUGGAAUGCGCUGGAGGGGUUUUGCCGACAAGCUAUGCGAAAGAAGGGACUUUAUGCCGUUGACAAGAACUUAGAUGCUUCCCAGGAUGAAGUGGAGGUGUCAUUAACUCGUUUACGAGGAGAUACGACGACUACUACGACUAGUACUGUUAGUGCUUCUUCCACUUCUAUAGGGGCGCGGUUAUUCUUAACACGAACACAAAAGAUACCAUCUGGAAAAAGACUUUUGGUUGAGGGGGCAAGAGGGUAUCGACACUAUCGGGAGAGUGCCAAUGCCGAUGCUGGAAUGACUUCUACGACACCAGUUGUUGGGCAGGAGAGCAUUGAUCACAAUGGCUCACCGAUUUCUUCGCCAACUGCCGCGGGUAUGGAUGUCAGCGCCAUUGUGGAGGGUCUGCCGGACUUUUAUCAAUGGGUCCAAUUUGAUGGUCCGUUGCUGAACUACGCUGAACGUUACGCUUGA